ACCGACCUCGAUACUAUUUCGGCAUGGGCGAAAGAUAACAACAUGAAUCUCAACCCCAAGAAAUGCAAAGAGAUGGUGGUUUGCCCACUAAAGCAUACGCCUGAUUUAGCACCCCUGUUGCUAAAUGAUAAAGUAGUAUCUCACAAAGUACUUGGCAUGACCAUAAUGGACCAUUUGAAGUGGAAUAAAAACACCAACGAAAUAAUUAGCAAAGAUCAAAACGUUACAUAUAAUCAGAGUGCUUAA